AAAAGAAUCCAAAUGCUGCGCUGCAGCAACGUCCCCGAAGCUGGUGAUUCCAAUUUCUCUUGUGUUUUGGACAAUUGACCCCUCAAUCAAGUUUCAAAAUUCCCACCCUGUGCCCCAAUCCUUCUUCUACUGAAUCCAAAACACUGCCACAAACCAAACCUUCGUUAUUCUUCUUCUCCAAACACUGCACCCUCGUGCACCGCAUUUCGAGCAAGCGACACCGUUUUUUCAAUUCUCUUUCAAUUCGAUUCUGAUGUCUAAAGAUAAUGACGUGGAAAACCCUAAUAAUAACCCCAAUGUUGUUCAAAAGGGUCUGAAUCUGAAUCUGAAUCUGAAUGAUAGUGAUGGAACAUGGUACACUUCAAUUAAGCAACAAAUUUCAGUCUAUGGUGUAGCUGGUGGAUAUUGUUUAUCUGCAUCAUUGCUAUCUAUUAUUAACAAAUGGGCUGUGAUGAAAUUCCCUUACCCUGGUGCCCUAACUGCAUUACAGUACUUCACCAGUGCUGCUGGUGUUUUCCUUUGCGGGAAGCUCAAGUUCAUUGAGCAUGAUUCUCUUCAUUUAUUUACAAUGUGGCGGUUCCUUCCCGCGGCUAUAAUCUUUUACCUCUCACUUUUCACCAACAGCGAGUUGCUCCUCCAUGCCAAUGUUGAUACAUUUAUUGUGUUCCGGUCGGUUGUUCCUCUUUUUGUUGCGGUAGGGGAGACUUUGUUCUUGCAUCAGCCGUGGCCCUCGGCAAAGACGUGGGCCUCGCUGGCUACUAUCUUCGCCGGGAGCGUGCUUUAUGUUGCUACGGAUUAUCAGUUCACGUUCAUGGCUUAUACCUGGGCGGUGGCGUAUUUGGUUAGCAUGACCAUUGAUUUUGUUUACAUAAAGCAUGUGGUUAUGACCAUUGGUUUGAACACUUGGGGACUGGUAUUGUACAACAACCUUGAGGCUCUUCUGCUUUUUCCACUGGAAUUGCUAAUAAUGGGUGAGCUGAAGAAGAUUCAGCAUGAGAUCUCUGAUGAGUCUGAUUGGCACUCGUUCCAGGUAGUCUUGCCUGUUGGAUUGUCUUGUUUGUUUGGUCUGUCGAUCUCUUUCUUUGGAUUUUCUUGUCGCAAGGCGAUUUCUGCGACGGGGUUUACUGUUCUUGGUAUAGUGAACAAGUUGUUGACGGUUGUGAUUAAUUUUGUGGUAUGGGACAAGCAUUCGACAUGGGUGGGUACAGUUGGGCUUUUGAUUUGUAUGCUAGGUGGGAUUAUGUAUCAGCGGUCAACAAGCAAACCGAAGGCUGCAAAACAAGCAACUGCGCAGGAAAAUGAGGAGGAACAACACAAGUUGCUUGAAAUGCAAGUCAAUUCAGAGAGCAAAAUCAAUGAAGAUGAAGUUAAUAAAUCAAGGGAGGAAAACUGAAAUUAUGUUCAUGUAGGAAAUUUUUCAUAUUUCUUUUCUAGUGUAUGUCUGUUUCUAAGGUAUCUGAUAUAAAUUAUAAACAUUAUUUACCAAUGCUUUCUCCAUGAAUGGCAAGCUCAUUGGCAUUCCGGCAUGUAGGGUUUAAUUUACGUUUAA